GUCCGUUUCUCCUGGAUUCCUCGAAUCUCCCUUCUUUUUCUUAUUAUUCUUUUUAUUCCUUCUGCUGAUUUCUGAACAAAAUAUCCGACCAACAAGAAAAAUAAAAAAGAAAGAAAGAAAGAAAGAAAAACCCUAAUCAAAUUAUCGGCAAAACAAAGCCAAGUUGAGUUUCAAGAAAAUGGCAGAUUCGACUAUCAUCAAUGGCGAAACGGAGAAUCAGACGGCGGAAAGCUUCUACGACGCUGAUGAAGCCAAAGUAACCGAACUGGCUAGCAAAAUCGAAGCUCUUGAGAGCGAGAAGCUGGAACUAAGCAACGAGAACAAAGAAGUGAAGGAAAAGAUCAAGAAACUGACACUAGAAAUUGAUCAACUACUAAUCAAGGAAGAAGAAAUGAGAGGAGAAAUGGAUCAGUGGGAGGAGGAUAAGAAGGCCCUAGAAUCCAUCACCUCGAGAGCGAUUGAUCUUGAAACCGAGGUUUCGAGGCUUCAACAUGAUCUGAUAACUUCGAUGAGUGAAGUAGAUGAGGCGAAUACGGAGGUCUUUGAGUUAAAGAGAGUAUUGGAAGAGAAAGGAUUGGUGAUUGAGAGAUUGGACAGGGAAAUUGAUGAGUUGAAGAAAGAGAAAGCUGAGAGUGAGAAAAAAAAGAGGGAAUUGGAGAGGAAUUUAGGGCUUUUAGAAGUGAGGGAAUCGGAGGAGAGGAGCAAGAAAGUUAGAAUCGAAGAGGAAAUGAGGGAAAAGAUCGAUGAGUUCAAGAAGCAAGUUGAACAGUUGGAAGCAGAGGUGGCGAAAACGAAGGGUGAAUUGAAAAGAAGUGAAGAAGCAAAAAGAGAAUCCGAGGAGAAGGCAAUGGGAUUGGAGUUGAAGAUGUUCGAAUUGAAGAAGGAGAUGGAGGAGAGGACCGGUGAGGGUAUUAACGGAAAGGCCAGGGAGGCUGAUGAGAGUGUGGGUUGUGAAGGGAAAGGGUUGAAUGUGCCGGUCGUGGCAGCAGCAUCGGCUGGGGCUACUGUUGUUGCGGUUGCUGUGGUCUAUCUUUGCUGUUGUAAGCGGUCGUGAAUGAUGACUGCUGGUUGAAGAUUAACGGGAGGGAUAAUCAGAGGUUAGGAGUUUAUCAUAGUUAUGAAUAUGGGUUCAAUUUUGAUAGGUGAAAUAAUCUGCUUGGAUUAUAUUUUUGUGCCUAUGAAUCUCUGUUAAUUUUGGCCUUGGUGUGGUGAAUGUUGUUUGCUUGCUAGUUGACAAUUUAAUUGCAAACACAAGUUUUUGAAGGAAUUUCCAUUGUGUGGCUCGACGCAAUGAAGUUACUCGGUGUAAUUUCUAUUAUUACUCCAUUUUCCUUUAACGUUGUGAUUUUCUUGUAAUGCGAAUUGCAUCCUUAAACUUUUUCGCUAAUUCAUUCAUGUGUACAACUUUCACAUCUUUGUUGUUAAUUGGUUUGUUUAGUUGUGUGAUUGUCACAAGGCUAAA